AUUAAAACUACGAUUUUGGACAUUUUUACAGCUGUUUAAUAUUUUUUGUGUAAAAUAUUUAAACAUGGACCAUUUUCAUAAAUUCUUAGAAAGUUCUAAGAAUUGUUUUUCUGAAGGAAGGUAUAAUGAUAUAAUUUUAAUAAUAGGGAAUGAAUCAUGUGAUUUGGAUUCCACAGUAUCUUCAUUGGUUUUAUCCUUUUUUAUACAUUUAGUAAAAUAUUGUAAUAUGCCACAAAAUGCCCUAACUUUACCUGUAAUAAACAUUUCAAAAGAAAGUUUUAAGGAUAAAACUGAAAAUAAUUUUUUGCUCAAAAAAUUUAAUAUUGAUUUAAAUAAUAUUGUCUUUAGAGAUGAGAUAAAUUUUGAAGAAUUAAUAAAUACAAAAUCAUUUUAUACAAUUUUGGUGGAUCAUCAUAUGUUAUCUUUAAAUGAUAAGGUUCUAAAAAAUACUGUAAAACUUAUUUAUGACCAUCGUCCUAAAGAUUCUGAAAUGGAUUGGGACACUCAAAAGGUUUCCAUUAAUAUUGAGCAAGUAGGAUCUUGUGCUACACUUAUUUCAGAUUUAUUUUUAAAAACUAAAAAAGAGGGUUUGUGCUAUGAAUUAGCCUAUUUACUAUAUGCUACAAUCAUAUUUGAUACAGUUGCUCUUAAGGUAGAAUUUGGUCGAACUAAAGAAUUGGAUAUUAAAAUAGCAGAGAUGUUGGAAAAUUCAUUUAAGUUUAGUUUAGAUAGAGACGAUUUUUUUAAAGAGCUUAAAAAAGUACAUAUGGAUGUAUCACAUUUAUCUCCAAGGCAAAUACUUUUAAGGGACUUAAAAGUGGUCAAUGACAUUCCUGUGCCUGGCUUGCCAAUGUUGGUGGAAGAUUUUUUUAACCAAAAUGGAACUUAUGAGGAAAUAGUUAAAUUUUGUGAUGAAUAUAAACAUAAAAUUGUGGUUUUGAUUGGGUUAAAUGCUCUUGGAACUGUUAGGAGGGAUGUUGGAAUUUAUUGGAAAGAUAGUUGUAAAGUGAAAGAGAAAAUUUUAUAUAACUUGAAACAAGCACAGGACCUAAAGGGAUAUAAUUUUGGUUUUAGUGAAACCUCUACAACUUUAAAAAAUGUUGUCCUUUUAAGACAAGAAAAUAUUACUUUGUCUAGAAAACAGGUUGUCCCUUUAAUAAAAGAUGCUUUUGUUGGUUAAUUUUAUCAUAAUUGAUACAGGGUGGGUACAAAAUCUUUCCUUUUUGCCAAGUUAAUAGGAAAAAACUAUUGGAUAUUUUUUAUUUGAUGUUUGUAAUAAGUAGUAUCAUGUAAUUAAAUGCGUUAAAAGAGCGGUGUAAAACAAAGGAAACUUUUUGGUAGAUUCUUUCAUUAUGUGGCAGAAAAAAAAUUGGCUACACCAAUGCAUCAACAGCAAUAGCCAUCAAUUUUAUUUUAUGUCCAAAUUAUUUAUAAUUUAAACCUUAUGUUACUAAUUUUCAACUAAAUGAAUAUCCAAUACUUUUUUUCUAUUUGCAUAUAAAAAAAGUUGUUUUUUACCCUGUUUUAAGAUACUGUGAAUAAAAUAUAGUUAUAAUGUAAAAUAUUGUGGUAAUAUAAUAAAUAAA